AUGCCGAACGUGGGGAGACCAAGCAGGGAUUGCCAUCUGUGCCGACAGCGGCGGGUGAAAGUGAGUACUGGUUUGAACAAAGCCAUGCCUAGAUCUGCAUUGACAAACCACCGCCAGUGUGAUUUGGGCCAACCGGAAUGCAACAGGUGCAUACGCUUGGGCAGGAGUUGUCCAGGAUAUCGGGACGAGUUUGACCUCAUGUUCCGCGUCGAAAGCCCUACUUCAUUCGCUCAGGGCGUGAACCGAGAUCGCCGACGCAGAAGGCUCAGCCCGCCACAACCCUCAGGUCCUCGGCGAACAUCCUCCCCGCUUGCAGAAAGCAUGGGAUCUGGGAAACGGACCGAAGAAGACAAUCCGCCGCCCAGAAGACUGCUCGAUCCAGAUGUUGUGAUUUUCUCCGGCUGGUAUCUAUUCCCCACGCGCCAGUUGGCCGAAUGCUGGGACAGUCAUGCCCUUGCGCUAGCAUUCAGCAAUAUCUCUUGCCCUCAGAGGCAUAAAGCCACGUUGGGAUUGAUCGACACCAAUUUCUUGUCGUCUAUGGUGUCAGAAGCAGGGCCAGACUCUUCCAUCGUGCUGGCCUGCCGAGCGAUUGGACAUGCUUUUCUCACCCGCAAGAACGAUAGACCUGAAACGCGAUCCAUGCGAGUGGAGACGUACGGGCAAGCAUUGAAAGCAACAAAUGAGGCUCUUGAGGAUCCAGUCACGCAAAUGCAAGACGAAACUCUCGCAUCCGUGUGGUUGUUGAGUCUCUAUGAGCUCAUUGUAUCCCCAGGCAAAGGGCAUCAGCCUCUCAACUUUUCAGCGCACACCCAUGGAAUCGGUUCUUGGAUUGUCCAUACCGAGGGACUGGUAGGUUUACUGAGGCUUCGGGGCAUUUCGCAUUUCAGUACACCCCUUGGGCGGGAUUUGUUCUGGCUGAUCUAUAAUUCAAUACAAGUGAGAUGCUUCAUCACCAACAUGGGCAGCCCCUCAGAGUCUCCGAGCUGGUUUCGAGAACUGGAAAAGGCCCUGACUGAAGACGAACUGCCCACUUAUCGGCUCUGCGUAUAUGGUCACCAUGCGUCCACUCUUUGCGCCAGUAUUCGACAAAUCAUCAAUCAAUGGACAACCGGUGCGCUCGGCGCAGCAACAGAAAUAGUCGCCGAAGUCGAGAGCUUUGAGAGGAGAAUGCAGCAGUUGUGGGAUGUCAGCCCUGCCAGUCCUGGGGCUGGGACUGAGCUUGUCGCCGACUCUGACUUGAACAUUCGGCAUCUAUGCUGCCGCACAUACCUUCAUGCGUUUCGCUUGAAGCUGCAGCUGACUCUGUUGGAGCUUUUGGACAAAAUGCGAGGAGAGGCGCUUGACGUAGAUUCACGGACACUGCAGGAUCAAUUUCAGGUUAGGAUCGGGACUGUCCAAAGUGCGGCUGAUGAAAUCCUGGCGUGUGUUCCUCUUCUCCUCUCGACGGACUCUCCCUCGGGAGGCUCCCAAAGGCUGACUCCCAGACUUUGGAGAGAUGGAGUCCGCCUGCUCUGGCCGCUGAGGCUUGUGGCUCUUUGGGAUGCAACCAGAGAUGACCAGAAGAAGGCUGCAAAGAUCACGCUUCAACAAAUAAGGGACGAGGUGGGAAUCAACCCAGCAGGAGCAUUCCCCCAGCCCUUCUUAGCAGAGUUAGCAACAAUGAAACGAGACUGA